UCAUCACGUGACAAUUUACGAAUCCAACAUGGCGGCUACAACAGUACCGAACGGCGAGGAGAAGAAAGCCGAGACUCCAGUUGAAAAUGGCGACGAAAAAAGAGAGCAAAGUUCUAAAACUAAAGGCAAAGGAAAGAGUUCCAAGACUCGUCGAACAUCGGAGUUUGGAGGGGGCCUACACGCCGAGCAGUGCAUGGUUCAAAGACCUGAUAAUUCGUGGCUCUCCGCUGAGAUCAUUCAAUCUAAAGUCGAGGAUGAUGGGAAAACAGUCUACUAUGUCCAUUACCACGGAUUCAACAGGCGUUUAGAUGAGUGGGUGGAAGCAGCCAGAGUUGACUUACAGCAGAAUGACGAUAAGCCGAUCAUUGACGACAAAUUGGAUGUAGAUGGACCAGAGAGAAAAAUUACCAGAAACCAGAAACGUAAACAUGAUGAGAUCAAUCACGUACAGAAGACCUAUGCUGAAAUGGAUCCCACCACUGCAGCCUUGGAAAAAGAGCAUGAAGCUAUAACAAAAAUUAAAUUCAUUGAUAAAGCCCAGUUUGGAAAGUAUGAAAUUGACACGUGGUAUUUCUCACCCUAUCCUGACGAGUAUGGCAAACUGAACAAAUUAUGGAUUUGUGAAUACUGCAUAAAGUACAUGAAGUUUGAAAAGACAUUCAGAGAUCACAUAGGGAAAUGUGAGAUGAGACAACCACCAGGCAAAGAGAUUUAUCGCAAAGGAUCUGUAUCUGUAUAUGAAGUUGAUGGAAAGGAGCAAAAGCUCUACUGUCAAAAUAUUUGCUUGUUGGCGAAGCUAUUCCUAGACCACAAGACCCUGUAUUUUGAUGUUGAACCAUUUUUAUUCUACAUCUUGACUGAAGUGGAUCGUGAGGGAGCACACUUGGUUGGCUACUUCUCAAAGGAAAAGGAAUCCCCAGAUGGAAAUAAUGUGGCAUGUAUUCUGACUCUUCCUCCUUAUCAGAGGAAAGGCUAUGGGAAAUUCCUCAUCAACUUCAGCUAUGAACUCUCUAAAAUAGAACAAACCGUAGGGUCACCAGAAAAGCCUUUGUCAGACCUGGGAAAACUAAGUUAUAGAAGCUACUGGUCUUGGGUCCUGCUGGAUAUCCUGAGGAAUUUCAGAGGGACUCUCUCUAUCAAAGAUUUAAGUGCGAUGACUAGUAUCACUCAGGAAGACAUUAUAGGCACUCUUCAAUCUCUGAAUAUGGUCAAGUACUGGAAGGGCCAGCACGUCAUCUGUGUUACCCCUAAACUGGUCGAGGAGCAUGUAAAAAGUGCGCAAUACAGGAAGCCAGUACUAACUGUGGACAAUUCCUGCCUUCGAUGGGCACCACCUGGCAAAAAAUUCAAGCGUCAAAAGCACUGAUCUGUUGUAUAGAAUACAGUUCUUGUUGGUUUUAUAUUUGUAUUUAUUUAAAUAAAGACUACACUGUAAAUACUUGGAAUGUAAAGUUUUAGGUUUUUUUUGUAUGAUAGAAAUAAACAUGAUUCCAGAAAAA